ACGAAGCGCGGGCGACGGAGGCGGCCAAAUCCCGGCGCGCUUGGAAUCGAAGCACAAAAAGAAGAAGAAAAAUACUCGAACAGCAUGGCCACCGUCUGUCUCCCCGGCGCCGGCUCCGGCCUCCAUCCCGCCUCCACCGAACGCCUUCGCCCUCCGCCCCCCAGAUCUCGGUCUCGGACUCGAAUCCAGUGCUCUGCAACUAAGGAAAGCUCUAGUUCUAUGGAACACUGUUCCUCAUUUAAAGGCAUGAGAAAUGUUGCUUGUGGCUUGCUAGCUGCAUGGGCAGUUACAACUGCAUCCCCUGUUGCUGCUGCAAAUCAGAGGCUGCCUCCACUUUCAACAGAACCAGAUCGAUGUGAACGUGCAUUUGUAGGGAACACGAUUGGUCAAGCAAAUGGUGUAUAUGACAAACCAAUCGAUCUUCGAUUUUGUGAUUACACAAAUGACCAGUCAAAUCUGAAAGGGAAAUCUCUUGCAGCAGCCCUAAUGUCAGAUGCAAAGUUUGAUGGUGCUGAUAUGUCAGAAGUUGUGAUGUCCAAGGCUUAUGCUGUUGGUGCAAGUUUUAAAGGUGUGAACUUCUCAAAUGCAGUUCUAGACCGGGUCAACUUUCAACAGGCCAAUCUUCAGGGAGCAGUUUUUAAGAACGCUGUGCUGUCAGGCUCUACCUUCAAUGAUGCUAAACUGGAAGAUGCUGUUUUCGAGGACACCAUAAUUGGCUAUAUUGAUCUUCAAAAGCUCUGUACAAAUACUACGAUCAAUGCGGAAGGAAGAGUGGAGUUGGGUUGUAGAUAACCAUGCCAUAGUGAUGUUUUUCACAUCAUUGUUUCUAGCCACAUCCUCGGUUCCUUCCCAUCUUUCCAUAGGCCAGCUUAUCAUAGAGGAACUAAUGAAAAAAGAUCCAAGGUUUUGUUCAAGUAUCCUUUCAUGGUAAGGGGCAAGAAUUUUCUUUGCCAUACAAUCCGGAAGUCUGGUGCUUAUAAUUAUGGCUUGUCUUCAACAUGCAUUGUUUCUGUUCCUUUUAACUGAAAGGUCAUAUUUUAUUAAUUGGCUCGAAAGGUUUCGGUAAUGGAAAAUAAAUGAAGAAAGGACAUGGACAAGCCUUUGUUCGAUGUGAGGGAUUUCUGCUUUGUAUAAAGUUACUUGGACAAACUCUGAAGGAAUUACACAAGGAGGCUGCUGUGCAUUAUGGUCAAUUUCUUCCAACAGCUGUUAAUAAGUUGAUAUAGUCGAGGAUAGACUUAAUGAAGCUGGAGAUCCAUCUCUUUUAUCUUUA